AUGACUUCGAUAGGUACAGGUUAUGAUCUUUCGAAUUCCGUCUUUUCCCCUGAUGGUCGAAACUUUCAAGUCGAAUAUGCAGUAAAGGCAGUUGAAAAUGGUGGAACUUCGGUUGGAAUCAAAUGUAAAGAUGGUGUUGUGCUUGCAGUUGAGAAGGUCAUUACCAGCAAGCUCCUAAAGGCUGGAGCCAACAAACGUAUUGCGACAAUCGAUAGACAUAUGGGUGCUGUAUCUUCAGGAUUAGUACCAGAUGGUAGACAUUUUGUUUCCCGUGCCCGCGAUGAAGCUGCAAGCUGGCGUAACGUUUACAAAACUCCAAUUACAACCGCAGAUUUGGCUAGUCGAAUGGGUGGUUAUCUUCAAGCAUAUACUCUCUAUUCAUCCGUACGACCAUUCGGUAUAACUGCAAUCGUCGCAGGUUAUGAUUCUGAACAAGAAUUACCAGUUGAUGGACAAGUAGGAAGUGGACCAGUCAUUGGUUCUGGAGGAAAGGUUGAGGGCAAGAAAUAUGGUGGACCUGGUCUUUACAUGAUUGAACCAAGUGGGUUAUACUGGGGUUACUAUGGAGCUGCUACCGGUAAAGGACGUCAAGUCGCAAAGGCCGAAUUGGAAAAGUUGGAUCUUGCAGCUGGCAAUCUGAGUUUAUUAGAUGGUGUUAAGGAGGCUGCACGAAUUAUCUAUGUUGCGCAUGAUGACAAUAAAGAUAAGGAAUUUGAGCUUGAGAUGACUUGGAUUAGCAACCUUGAUGGGCCAACAAAGGGAAGACAUGAGGAAGUACCCAAGGAUAUCCUUGAGGAAGCAGAGAAAUUAGCGAAGAAGGCUUUGGAGGGUGAUGAUGAUGAAGAAGAAGAGAAACCAGCUGAGACAGCGGCUGAAGGAGAUAAGAUGGAGGAAUAG